AUGCUGGCACUCCGAGACCAGGAAAAUCUGGUUAACACCCAUCAUACGGCUGCGGCCGCCAAACCAUUGAAUCAGGGCGUCAACAAACUGCCCCCCAAGACACCUGGCAAGACCCCCUUCAAGGUGCCGCUGAACGAUGAGAACAACCCCGUGGCCUUUGGAAAACGCACGAUCAAGGGAAAUCGCCAGGAGAAUGGCAAACCCGGUAAAGAUGCAUUCGUGACGCCGAUGGGUAGAACCCGCGCGCCUCUGGGCAUGAAAACUACCAAUGCCAAAGCGAAGGGCCUCCAGACACCCGCUCCCUUUGGAGGAACGCUCAAGCCGGAGAAGACAAACCGUAGGGCGUCAACUGCUCAGAGAAUCAAGAAAGCGGCUCCCAUCGCGCAGCACGCCCAGCCAAAGCUUCAAACGGAAGCUGCCCAGGAUGAUGUGCCCGAGAUUGAAUACAUGCCCCCCAAGCCUACGGAGCUUCCCGAUAUCCCGGACGAUGUGACCUACGACACGACGUUCCCGCAAUUCCGCCCGAGGAACCGCGCUCUAGGUUUGGAGAGCGUGUACGGACGGCAGGAGGUGGGCAGCGAUGGCCUCACCAGCAAAGAGCGCAAGUUCCAGGCAGACUCGGCGGCAUGCGACAAGCUGGUGGAUGAGUUGAUCAUGAAGCAACUGGAUGGGGUUCCAUUCGACGAGGAGAAUGAGCCGCCGAAGUCACUGCAGGCCGAGACUCGCCGCAUCAAGGGACCUACGACGACCAGCAGGCAAGCUCGCAACAUCCCUACCAUUCGAUCUCGCGACGCGGCCGCUGCCCUUGCCGCGCCCAAACCCAGUGCAGCUCCAGCUCGAACUACCUCCGCGCUCAAAGCGAAAAUGGCGCAGAUGCCGAAGAAUAAGACCCGCACUCCGAGCAAUCCGUCAUCGAUGCGCAACGCGGCCGCUGCAGUUACAUCCAAAUCGACCGUUGGGUACUCCAAGGGACGAAGUGUUUCGUCCACGCUGCAGGAGAAGACCGCCGCGCAGAAGCCGGCCAAUGCUCCGGAUGCGCUGUCUCCGCAGGCGUACAUGCAGCUGUAUGGACCGCCUCCGCUGGGGUCGGACAUGUGGAUGCGCUGCAAGACUGCUGGCUGCUUUGACGGGGAUGCCACUCCGACCGAACCGGAGGAAGUGCUGCCAACCUUUGAUGAAGACGACGAGGCUCAGAACUUCCAGCUGACGCUGUAG